ACACAUUUUACAGGUUCCAGGAAUGAGAGCUUUGAAGUGGACAGCAGGGUCACUUUACUCUGCACCAGCAGAAAGAUAAUAUGGAGUGAGAUGAUUUAUGUCAUCUGGAAAAUCAGCUUAAAAGAGAAGAACUGCAGUAUUGCUGUGGCUGUAAAUGACACAGAUUUCGACACCUGUGAAGAUGGAAAGAUUAUCAUUAGUGCAGGUGGAGACUACAGCCUGAUCAUCCCUCAUUUUUCCAUUAAAGAUGAAGGAAAUUACACCUGUGAUGUGUCCUACCGUACGGGGGGCUACGUGGAAACAAUUCAUGUGUCUGCAUGGGCUGGACCAAAGAUGACUGGCUGGCUGGAAGCUAAAGGUGGCCACACUUUUGCUGUCUGUGAAGUUCAGAGUUUUCCAGCAGCUUCCAUCCACUGGGAAACUCCAUGGAACUCCUCUUUACCUGAGACACACUCAUCCAGAGAUGCUAGAGGAGUUUUCACAGUGACGAGCCGAUUACAGCUGCCUCAAAAUGCCUCUCACAAAAAUUUGAGCUGUGUGGCCACUGACAGCCACUCCAAGUGGUCAGAGACACGAGUGACCAUGUUUACAGCCAAAGACACUGUUAAAUGGUCUUCUGUUCUUCUGGGUGUUUACACCAGCUGGGCCAUCAUUAAGCUUGUGACCUGCCUCUCCAUCUUACACAAGAAUCAUGGACAGUUUAGGUAG